AUGCCCCCAUCCAGCCGAUCACCAUCACUCCCAAAGUCAAUCUUGCAGCACCAAAACAACGCUCAAAACCCAACACACAACGACAUUGUAUUCAGUGCAGGAACUACGCGUCCAAAAACUCCCCCAUCUCCUCGGCGAGUCGCCGUAAUCGAUACAACACUCCUGUAUAGCGUCUGGAGCCUGCACGUCCAUGCAGGACGCGAUAGAGUUUCGCUCUCUCUCAUCCAAUGGCUUCACGCAAGGGAUAUCCAGAAGACCCCCAGCUAUCCCCCGGAAAUUCCAGAGGUUCUGGGGCAGACAUGCAAAGAAUAA